GGGCGCUGCAGCUGCCGCGGCCGCAGGUCUCCAGCACCACCCCGCCCUCUUCCCCGCCCUCCACGCCCAAGUCCCAUCUCCUUUCCUGUUGCAGCCUCCUUUAGCCUUGACCCACGCCCCAAUGGUGUCCCACGCUGGAGGGGUGGUGAUGCCGUCUCCCGCACUGGCCUCACCUGCUGGUUCUCCCCAUUCAGCCCAACCAGCACCCCCCCAACACCCCGCCGCACCACACAACCCUCCCUGCUCUACACUCUUCAUCGCAAACCUUGGCCCAAAUGUCGCCGAGCAUGAACUCAAGGAUAUCUUCUCUAGGGACACAAGACUGAAGUUGAUGGAGCCCAGGCCUGCAGCCCACAUGGAGCGCCUGGCAUCAUAACUGUUCUGGCUUAGGGAACCACAAAGAAACCAGAGGGGGAUGAAUCCAAGAAGAAAUGAUCUUUAAAGGAGUCAGGAAGCAUGAUUCAUGAGUUUAAAACAAACAUUUAAAAAACAGUAAACUUAUAAUUUUCAGGUUUUCACAAAGUAAAUAUUCAAAUUAUAUGUGGCUGUAGGCCGUGCACUGUGAUCAACAAUUUAAUAAUACAGACUGGAGUAUGUUGUUAGUGUGCUAUCAGGAGGAAAAAGGAAAAAGGAUUUUCUAUCACAAGACAAAAAUUUAAUAAAUUUUUACUUGUCCUUGUUGACUUUUAAAAUGUUAGCAAGAGAUAUUCAUAGAUGGGAUUAGUUGAAAAAAUUAAGCAGUUUUGAGAGAGAAUGCUUGGAUUUGGCUGCAUGCAUCUGAAAAUUUGGAGAAAAUUUGUUGGUUAUUCUAUGCUUCAGUUUUAAGUUUAAUGGAAGGCAAGGUUUGCUAUGGACCUCCCACUUUUUCAGAAACAAAGUGAAGUAAGGGUGAAGAUGUUUCAAGUCUAACCUUAUCAACACUGCUCUUUCACAACAAACCCAGUUUAAAUAGAGAUAUUUAGAAGAUUUAAUAAGCUUAUCAUGCCUUGUGCUUGCUGUAACCUGAAGGGAGAGUUGUGCAUGUCAGAUGUCACCAAAUCCUAAGGGGUAUUGUGGACAUCAAACCCCGGGCAUUGACAGUACAGUAGUGUUCUCAUUGACAAAGAAGGAAUCUCAGGCCCGUCAAGGAGAAUCCAAAUCCUUAUCCAUUGUUCCUUUUAUGUACCAAAGAAUUCUAGUUCAUCUAGGAAUCUAUACCAAAGCAAAGAAUGAGCUGCUCACAUGAUGAGGUAACAGCAAGCAUGGGCAUGCAGUAGAUUAGGAGAAAAUAUUUUUUGAGUCUAUGAUAAGCCAGAUACAAGAUGUGCUUCUGUAGUAAGUCCUGGCAAGCAUUUGGGAGUGCUGAUGAUAAUGGAGCUUUUCACUUUAACAUGAAAACAAGGUGCUCAUAUCAUAUUUACUGCUGCACCUUGAAUUUUUAUGUUUACCAGUGUUUGAAAUGUAUAGUUUUAAUUUGCAUAUCAUCCUAAAAAAUAUCUUUGGUGUGUCAGUUGAUAUGGAGCUAUGUUUAUUGAUAGCAAUAAACCUUUAAUUAUUGAAAUAAUGUAUAACAUGUGAUUGUGUGCCACUUCUGAUGGCAGCUGAUUGGUUUAAAUGGCAGUGUGUGGCAAAGAUGCCACUGUAAGGUUAGCAGUCCCAUAGAAUGACUGUGGCACACCCUCAUGUUGUUAUUUGUAUAUAGUAAUACACUAUUCUGCUACAGUGUUAGAAAAUAUUGAUUGUCCAUAUUUUUUGCCUCUAUAUUCCGUUCCAAUACCCCAGUCUUGGUUGUUGAUGUUGAAACCAUAAUAUGUAUGAAGUACAUACCAGCCAGAAGAGGCUGACUGUUUGACCAGGACUUGCCCUGCUAGACUAAGUCUAAAAUUAAGAACAGGUACAUAUCAUUUUAACAUUGGAAAUAUCCUGUUUACAAUAUUGUUCUUUAUUAGAUGCCUGUAUGAAACUUUACAGACAAUGUUAUGUUGUACCGUAAUACCUGAGGCGAAGCUUGUGGUGUGUGAAGAUUCUUGAUGUUAUUGUAGGGCAAGUCCAUAUUACUGUCUCAGUUGCUGAAUGUGGUAUAUAAUAUACAUAUCUGUUUUGUCAUAUUGUAGUAUGUAUUCAGUGUUUGUUAGGAGGCAUACACGUUUCUCAUUAACUUUACCAUAAUUGAGUUUGUGAUGUCCUAUUACAGGAUUUUGAAUUUUAAAAAAUAAUUAGGAUGGGUGUUAAGCUUUAAGUGAUGAACCUGUGUGCCCCCGUAUGUAGGCCAGGGCACACCAAACAACAAGCUGUUGCUUUUUCAUGCCCCGUGUCCUGUCUGCUGAAUGAACCCCAGUGGUUAUAUACCCUCAAGCUUUGUGGGUUAUUUUUCAAGUCUGAACUGAGGAGAUGCAGAAAAGGUAUUGGUAUGACCACUGCAGAAACAAGUAGCCUGUCCAGGAGUCUGUCAUACUCAUAACAUCACUUGUUACGCAUUCGAUCAUAAUAGUUUUAAAACAUAGCAAGAAGAGUCUGCCAUUCUCAAAAUUACAAAGAUGCAAUUUCUUGUUAAAUUUCUGUUCCCUGGGCAGGCACUUCUUUUUGGCAGAAGACAGGAGGUCUCUGCUCAAGGUUGUAAAACUAAAAACAUAAAAAAAAGAAAAAGAAAAAAAAAACUAAAAAACUUUUAAAAAACUAAAAAAAAAAAAAA